CAAAUUAUUAAUCGUUCAAACUAGUUAACGAUUAAUUUAGUAAUCAAUCAAUAAUGAAUCAUCACUGUGGCCUGACAGUUGUGUGUGUGAUGUUUUGUUGUUAUUAAAAGGAAAUAAGCAGAUGUCGACGUUGUGGUCACUGACUGUGCUGUGACUCACUUCCUGUUCCUCCCUGCAUCAGCUGACCACAUAAUCUGUCACUGAUCUUCUGCUGUGAAGCAUCAUUUGAAUUCUCUGAGUUCCUACUCAGAGAGUUCCUCUCUGAGUAGCAGCCACAUGGACUUUGGCUUGUCCCCAGAUGGUUGCUGGUUUAAACCCUGGGACAGGUCAAGGCCUGGUUUGUCCCUGUCUCAUUGGACCCUCUGCCAUACAAACUGCAUGAAUGAGAGUUGUGUUAUUGACACAUUUUAAUAUCAGGGGGCUGACACAAAUGUGUCCCAGUUUAUCUUCAUUCUUGUCUUCUAAGUGAAACACAACCUUUCAAACUGGUUUGGACGUUGUGUGCAGAAGGAAACGAGUUCUUACUCAGUUUCACAUGAACAAACUGGAACAGUGUGUGGUCACAGGGGGCGGGGGGUUUUAUUCUUCACUCGCGACAACACGCUUCACUAUUUCACAGAGGGUGAGUGUCGCAGCCGAGGACACCGCCGCUCGCACAGGUAUGACGCCGCGGGUCAGGUUCCACACCUGAGGUCAGGAUACAUGCGUUUACAUUUGUAACAUGGGUACUAUAGAGACUCAGGGCCUGUUUUAGUCACGUAUCAUGUAUUAAAGGUACAGUGUGUAUAAUUUUAUUGUUCACCUCACUCUUGGCUGUGUGUGUUGAAGCUGUGUAGCCUUCAGUUAGCAUGAAAACUAUGUAGCCUUCAGUUAGCAUAACAACUAUGUAUCCUUCAGUUACCAUUAAAACUAUGUAGCCUUCAGUUAGCAUCAAAACUAUGUAGCCUUCAGUUACCAUUAAAACUAUGUAGCCUUCAGUUAGCAUCAAAACUAUGUAUCCUUCAGUUAGCAUUAAAACUAUGUAGCCUUCAGUAAGCAUCAAAAGUCCACUGUGCGCUCCGUAACGACGUGACCCUGCCUCUGAUAUAGAGGUCAAUGGUCAAAUGUACUGUAUAAACUGUGAUUGACAGUUAAGUAGGCGUCGCCAGCAGAGCCGUGCAGCCAUGUUGGUUCUGAUCCAGUUAUUCAUGACGAUGAUGAUGAAGACCGCCCCACAGAUGGUCACCGUGGAGGCUCAGAGCGGCGACACUGUCCUGCUGCCCUUGGAGGGGCGGAGUUGGACGAGGGAGGAUGUGGGCGACAUCAGGUGGACUCACCGCCAGCUGGUGUUGUCGCUGAAGAACAACAGGACCACGUGUGAGCAACACAGACGCUGCGAGCUACUGAGCAACGGCUCACUGAGGUUCAGUCACGUUUGUGCUGAAGACGCAGGAAACUACAGCCUGCAGGUGUUUGAUCCACAUGGGACCAGACUGGUGCAGAUCCACUUCCUGUUGAGGGUGGAGGAGGUCGAGUCCGAAAACCCUGGUGAGGGUCAAACCAAUGUGUUGCUGCCCAUCAGCUGCCUCUCCCUGCUCCUUCUGUUCUUCAUCAUCAUCAUCUUCAUCGUGAGGAAGAGGACAAGGAGGACAACUGCAGAGCCAAAGGAGGAAGAUGUUUAUAUGCCGAUGUUUGGUAACCACAGCAACAAGAGGAAACAACUGGAGAAAGAGGAAGAGUCUUUGUAUGUUCCCUGUUAUCCCUUGGUUUCCAUGGAAACACCUCAGACGAAGGCUGAAGACGUUUAUGUGUGAAUAUCGACCACAGCUCACCUGGACCAACACAAGGCAUUUAUUUUGGUGGCACUUCCUGUGGAUGCCUGACACAUGACCUGUCUUGAAUUCAUCAAUCAAAUGUUUAUUAUUCUAAAUGAUGAUGUCACAGUCGAGAUGAGAAGGAAAAAUGACUUUUAUUUGAGCCAUGAUGUUCACACUGUAGGGGGCAUUGUCCGUGACACACAAACUUCCCCUAAAAUAAAAGAGAAAACAAAA